AUGAAUCAUUCAAAUGCGAGAAAGUUAACUACUCUCCAUGGAUUUAUAUUAAAGAGAAAUCUAUCAUCUUUUCACGCCUCACUGAAGCGGUUUUCAGAUAAAAAGUUCUUCAAUCCGAACCAUGAGGACGGUGGUGUUGUGGUGGAGCGAUUAUGUAGAGCUAAUAGAUUUGGUGAAGCCAUUGAUGUAUUAUGUGGACAGAAGCUCUUAAGAGAAGCUGUUCAACUUCUGGGUCGGGCUAAGAAGCCACCUGCUUCUACUUAUUGCAAUCUCAUUCAAGUUUGUAGCCAAACACGUGCUCUUGAAGAAGGUAAGAAGGUCCAUGAACACAUUAGGACUUCUGGGUUUGUACCUGGGAUUGUUAUAUGGAACCGUCUUUUGAGAAUGUAUGCGAAAUGUGGUAGCUUGGUUGAUGCACGGAAGGUGUUCGACGAAAUGCCGAAUAGAGAUUUGUGUUCGUGGAAUGUAAUGGUUAAUGGGUAUGCGGAGGUUGGGUUGCUUGAGGAAGCGAGGAAGUUGUUUGAUGAAAUGACUGAAAAAGAUAGUUAUUCGUGGACGGCUAUGGUUACGGGUUAUGUUAAGAAGGAUCAGCCUGAAGAGGCAUUGGUGUUGUAUAGUUUGAUGCAACGGGUACCGAAUUCAAGACCAAACAUUUUUACAGUUUCUAUUGCAGUAGCUGCUGCUGCUGCGGUUAAAUGUAUCCGUAGAGGGAAAGAGAUUCAUGGGCAUAUCGUUCGAGCUGGUUUGGAUUCAGAUGAAGUGCUUUGGAGUUCAUUGAUGGAUAUGUAUGGAAAAUGUGGCUGUAUCGAUGAAGCAAGAAACAUAUUUGAUAAGAUUGUUGAGAAAGAUGUUGUCUCGUGGACAUCAAUGAUAGAUAGAUAUUUCAAGUCUAGUAGAUGGCGGGAAGGGUUUUCUUUGUUUUCCGAGUUGGUAGGUUCUUGUGAACGGCCCAAUGAAUACACUUUUGCUGGAGUCUUGAAUGCUUGUGCUGAUCUCACAACAGAAGAGCUAGGGAAGCAAGUUCAUGGAUAUAUGACAAGAGUUGGGUUUGAUCCUUACUCUUUUGCAUCAAGCUCUCUUGUAGAUAUGUACACCAAAUGUGGAAAUAUUGAAAGUGCAAAACACGUUGUCGAUGGAUGUCCUAAACCCGAUUUAGUUUCUUGGACUUCUUUGAUCGGAGGGUGUGCUCAGAAUGGGCAACCUGAUGAAGCCUUGAAAUAUUUCGACUUGCUCCUCAAAUCCGGCACUAAACCUGACCAUGUUACCUUUGUAAACGUCCUCUCCGCUUGUACUCAUGCCGGAUUGGUCGAAAAAGGACUCGAAUUCUUCUAUUCUAUAACUGAGAAACACAGGUUAUCUCAUACUUCUGAUCAUUACACUUGUCUUGUUGAUCUUUUAGCUCGGUCUGGAAGAUUCGAACAGUUAAAGAGCGUCAUUAGUGAAAUGCCGAUGAAACCGAGUAAGUUUCUGUGGGCUUCUGUGCUCGGUGGGUGUAGCACUUACGGAAACAUUGACCUAGCAGAGGAAGCGGCUCAAGAACUGUUCAAGAUAGAACCCGAAAAUCCUGUUACUUAUGUUACAAUGGCUAACAUCUAUGCUGCAGCAGGUAAAUGGGAGGAAGAAGGGAAAAUGAGAAAGAGAAUGCAAGAAAUCGGAGUCACCAAAAGGCCUGGUUCAAGCUGGACCGAGAUAAAACGGAAGCGUCAUGUAUUCAUAGCAGCGGAUACUUCGCAUCCAAUGUAUAACCAAAUAGUUGAGUUCUUGAGGGAAUUGAGGAAGAAGAUGAAAGAAGAAGGGUAUGUUCCGGCUACGAGUCUUGUAUUGCACGAUGUAGAAGAUGAACAAAAAGAAGAGAAUCUUGUGUAUCAUAGCGAGAAACUUGCUGUUGCAUUUGCAAUUCUAUCGACAGAAGAAGGAACGGCGAUUAAGGUGUUUAAGAACUUGAGGUCUUGUGUGGAUUGUCACGGUGCUAUUAAGUUCAUAUCGAACAUCACAAAGAGGAAGAUAACCGUAAGGGACUCUACUCGGUUUCAUUGCUUUGAGAAUGGACAAUGUUCUUGUGGAGAUUAUUGGUAACGAUAAAAACUAUUUGUGAUACAUCCACUUUAAGCCACUAUGAUUUAUUUCUACUACAAUUGCAAAUUAGUCACUGAGUCAUAGGAAUUGUACAUUGUUUAAAGAGUUUUGUUUUGUAGAACCUUAAUGUACAUAAAAUCAACAUUUGAGAGAUUAAGGAAUAAAGGCA